AUGGGUGAACUCCACACACAUCCUUGUCUAAAAAUAUUGUUUAGUAUCCUCAAGGUUAGUUCUAAUGUGGAUGUCAUCCAUUGCAACAUACUACCAAUAGAUGUUAUUAUCUUAGGACGACCAUGGUUAUAUGACUAUGAUGUCACAUAGAUAAGUAGAAUGAGUACAUAUUCAUUCACCUGUAGGGGGAAGAAGAUAGUAUAGUAUUCUCAACUCUCUAGGCUAAAUCAAGGCCAAAAUUCUACAUCAGCCAUACUAGUUCCUUGUCUAAAUUUUAUUACCAUCUAUACCCUUCAUAAGGAGUUUGAGACAAGAUCUCCCAUAUGGUUUCUUUAUAUAAAAGAAGUCAUUAUAAAGACACCACCGGAUGCACCAUACAAACAGCUCAUAGAUGUGCAACAGCUCGUAGAAAGAUAUAAGGACAUCCUUCCCAAUGACAUACCUUAUGAGUUACCACUUAUGCAAGACAUCCACCAUGUCAUCGAUCUAGUACCUAACUCAUCCUUAUUGAAUUUACCUCACUAUAGGCUUAGCCUCAAGCAGCACAAUGAAUUAAAAUAUCAUAUUACAAAGCUCUUGAAGAAAGGUUUCAUUCGUGAGAGUCUUAACCCAUGUGCAAUCCCUACACUUCUCACUUUGAAGAAGGAUGUGGCAUGUCACAUGUGUGUUGAUAGUAGAGUUGUCAAAAAAAUUACUAUUAAAUAUUAUUUUAUAAUACCUGAAUUAGAUGAUAUGUUAGAUAUGUUAGUUGGGUCUAACAUUUUGCCUAAAAUAGAUCUUAAGAGUGAAUAUCAUCAAUGUUAG